UCAUAAUGCACAAUCUGAGCGAGGAGAGUUCGAGUCUUAGUGAUGAGUUCAUGGACGUUCCUUCCAGUCAAAUAAAGGAUAAAUAAAGACAUUCAGAACGUAGGUUUAAAAUUGUGCCGAAGAAUUCAUAAAAUAAAAUAAGUUCAAGAAAAAAGGGGUAAUCCAAGCCAUCGAUGCUUACUUCAACGAGUACAUUGAGGAUACUCCUAAGAAACUUCCCAAGAUCCGAAGAGUUAAAAUACAGCCCAAGAAGACCAAGAAGAGAUGAAGCCUAGUGUCUAAGAGGCCAAGAGUCAAGGACUUUAUUCAAGGAAAAUUGAAGAAGAAAUUCGGCCUCCUCAAAAUUGAUAGAAAUAAAUAAGCUCUUGAAAGAUUUCGAUAAAAGUUUGAAAAACAAGUUAAAGAACGAAAAAUUGAGCCAGUCACCUUUGCAUAAGUCAAAUCAGGGAGGAAUGAGCUUGAACCCAGGGGGUCUUAACCUCUCAAACACCCUAGAAAUUAACAAGCCGAGGCACAGUUCGGUAAUAAAAAGAACAGAAUGUUCCUAUUGAAAAGAAAUGAAUAAGUCUGAUGAGAUUUCUCAUCGAUCUUCUUAGGA